CAGCAACAUUUGCAGCAACAGCAGCACCAAAUCCAGCAACAUCAAAUCCAACAGCUGCAGCAACAAAUGCAGCAACAGUAUCAGCAGCAGCAGCAGCAGCAGCAGCAGCUCCAGGAGAGACAGCAACAAAUCCAGCAAAUGCAACAACAGCAGCAGCUACAGCAGCAAAAUGUGUCACAGCAAGACACGACACAGCCACAGGUGCAACCAAAACAGCAGCAGACCCAAAACUUCGUCGCUUAUCAGCCUGCCGAGCCGCCUCCAUCUGAAACUGGGUCCAAAGAAGAUGUUCAGUCGACGGAGGAGGAAGCAGAGGCUCAAAGCUGUGACGCGUCAGCCGUUCCUGAUCAAUGCCCCGAAAAGGCCGGCGCAAAUCCCACAGAGCCCGCAAACGCGGCUGCUCCUCGGCGCUCGCGUCGCCUUUCCAGGGAGGGGCAGUCGCCACUGGAUCCCCCUUCCACAAACAUCUGGUCUCAAGCCAAAGAGCCUCCACCGCCCCAAAACGGAGUAGCGGGUGCGCAGGUUGCGAAAGCAGGGGAAAGCCAAGUGACAACAGGAGGGGUCAUCCGUAGGAGAAGGAGAGCAUCCAAGGAGAUCAACUUGGAAACCCUGGCACAGAAGGCGUCAGAGAUGGAGUCCCUGCCUGCAAAAAUUGUAAAGGAAGACGGUGCUUCAAGCAGGCAAGCCACAAUGGUGCCCCUGGUCAUCCCAGUAUCUGUGCCAGUCCACAGAGGUCAAACAGAUCCUCAGGGUGGCUGGGCUCAGGGGCGGCCCGGUCAGGGCGAGCGGCCUGCUGCACCAUCCGAUCGCAAACCUUCUGUUAUUGUGGCUCGCCGGCGAUCGCUGAGAAGCACCAUGACUGAGAGUUUUGCUCAGGAUGAGGAAAGCGAUACAGGACUUGAUGAGGACGGAAAAGCUAAACUGAAGCGCAGGCCACGUCCCGAACCUCUCAUCAUCCCUCCCCCCAAACCAUCCACCUUCAUCGCACCAUCCGUCUACUCCAGCAUCACUUCCUUUCAGAGCAACCUCCGUUCUCCGGUGCGCCUGAUGGACAACCCUCUUAGCUUUCCCCCAUACACGCCACCACCCAUCCUGUCUCCUGUGCGGGAGGGCUCCGGACUCUACUUCUCCACCUUCCUCACUAACAUAGCUGUAACCAACCAAAUCCUGCCGCCCCCGCCUACGCCCAAGUCUGCAGCUCGGAGCCUUCUGCGUUCCACGAGUUCAGACGUUACGCCGCCUAGCUUCACCUUGAACGCCGAGGCUACACCUGUGAGCCUCGAACCACGGAUCAACAUUGGGCAAAAGUACCAGGCAGAAAUUCCUGAUUUGCAAGAUGAAGCUUCUUCCCAGUCCGCCCAGCACAAAGCGGACUUGGUUUGGGUUCCUAUUGAUGACGCCGCCUUCAAACAUGGUGACAAAGAGACCAUGGAGGAUUUGAUGAACAUGGCAUGUUCGAGCGUUUUGAGAGGAGGAGGAACCAAUCAGGAGCUGGCUUUGCACUGUUUUCAUGAAUGUGGAGGAGAUUUCCUUGAAACACUGGGACGUUUGAUGCAUCAGGAUCCAAUUUUCCCCAAAGGCCAUCAAUUGAUAGGUUAUCACUAUUCAGGCUCUGACAGCUGGACAGCAGAGGAGAAGCGGUUUUUCAAUAAGGGGAUCUCUGCCUACAGGAAGGACUUCUUUCUGGUGCAGAAACUGGUGCGGACUAAGACCGUGGCUCAGUGUGUGGAGUUCUACUACACAUACAAGAAGCAGGUGAAAGUUGGUCGCAAUGGGAUUUUAAUGUUCGGCCCUCCUGAUUCACCUGCGGAAAAACACGCAGAGGCAGUCGUGGACGUCAAGAGUUCACAGCAGCCGAAGAUGACUCAAGGUGAAGCGGAUGAGGAUGACAAGAAGAAUAUGUCUUUAGAGCAAAUCAAUGAGAGAAAACAGCAGGCGAGGGUCGCUCAGUCACUACAGGUUCAUGACUAUGCAGGAACAGUGCUGGUGCUCAAAGAGCCAGAUACUGUUCAUAAAGAGGCUCAUCAGUCUCCAGCACUUCCCAGAUCUCGGGCCGAGCCUGCUGCAAAGAAGCCCCGGGUGCCACUGAAGCCCUCGCAGGAACCUGAGCAGAUUUUUCCUUGCAAGAAAUGCAACAGAGUGUUUUAUAAAGUGAAGAGUCGAAGCGCUCACAUGAAGAGUCAUGCCGAGCAGGAGAAGAAGGCUGCAGCGCUGCGUCAGAAGGAGGAGGAGGAGCAGGCAGCAGCUCAAGCUCGAGCCAGGAAGGCGGCGGCGGCGGCGGCAGCAGCAGCGGCGGCGGCAGCUGUGUCUGCUGCAGAGACCCAGCGGGGAGGUAAUGGGAAUGGAGCGUCAGAGCAGGCUGAGGCCAGCAGCCAAGAGGACUCAUCAGAGGGGGAGGAUGACGACGAUGAAGACUGGCAGUGAGACCGAUAUAAAGACGAACAUUAAUGGGAUGGAUUGACGUGUAAAUAGAGGGGAGAUGGUGAACAAAUCAGGGAGGGAGGUGUUUAAAAACACGUGCUCCCCUAUGAGGAGCAGAAUAAGCACAAGAUGCUUUUAAAGUCUUCCUGUUGAUCUUUUCACUUGUUUCCUGACCUGAACUGUUUGUCUUUGACUGUAAUUCAGAUUCACACCGUCAGCGUGUAAGCCACACUCCACAUUUUCACAUUUGUACCUUUGAAAUAAUCAGUUUGUUUUUUUUGUUGGUUUUUUUUUUUUUUGUGUGUGUGUGUGUAAAAUGUCCGUGUGCUAUGCUUCUGCUUUUGCUAAUAGGGCCUUUUUAAAUCUUAUUUAAUUGAACAUAUGUUAAGAUCUUCAAUGGUUGUUUGAUGAAUCAGGAUAUCUUUCUAGCAAUAAAAUGAGAUCAAGGCAAUCAUUACUUUAUAGUUGCUUCCCUUUAAAGACCGAAGCCAUUUUUGUUUCAAAUACUUCUUACAGGAAAAAAAACAGCGCUGAAUUUAGCAGAUUUCUAUCAGAUUUUUAGGUGGGUUGUACACUUAUUUUUAAACUAAGGGACCUUUGAAAUGAAUAU